AUGGCCGAUAGUCGAUGUACAACAGCACAGGGUGCUUGUACGUUCGCCCUUGAAAGUCUGGUUGAGUUUUUACAAAAGUAUCCUGACUUUACGCAAAUAAUGACGGGUGGGUCGGGCUAUAAACUCGACUUUCCUACACUCAUCGCUGAUGCGAAAAAAAUGGACAUGAAAAAGGCAGUUGAGGACAUUUGGAAAGAAUUUGAUACGAACGGUACUAGUUCCGAACUUUACGAGGCUGAUCAACGCGAUCAGAAGCGCAGCCAGCCUAUGAGCGCAGUUUGGAACAAUCAGUUGGAAGCGGAUACCGAGGAUGAACCAACCAAAUCGGACGUAUCGGCUAAUGAAAGUUCAGAAUGCGGCGCUCUACAGGACAUUACCAAUCAGUUAAAACAAAGAUGCAAACUACGCAAAAACAGAAAUAAAAAUGUGUCCUGUCUAGAGCACUGCGUUUUCUGUCUGAACAAUGGUGCCGACAGAGAAGUUUACGAAAGCCACAACUGCAAGGACGAUUGGGGCAAUGUAACGUGUCCUGUGUUGCAAAAGUUCGUCUGCUCACGUUGCAAUGCUACUGGGAAGAAUGCACACACUGCCAAAUAUUGUCCCCUGAAACCGAUCAUCACGCCGGAAGAUUGCUUGGUAAUGGAGCAAAGAUGGCAACAAGAACGACGCCGUAGACCUGCAGUUACUGUAAACACCAAUGGCGUCGAUAACCGAAGCAAACCCUCCGUUCAAAUCAAAAGACGAUCAAGGCUACGUUUUUAG